AUGAUGUUCAACGAAUUGAACGAAGCAGGGAAGAGAAUAGGACUACGAAUAAACAGAAGGAAGACACAGUUCAUGAAGAACGCCUGCGAGGACGGAGGAGUACAGCUUGAAGGCUCCCAAAUGGAAACUUCGUCAUACGUAUACCUCGGACGUUCUAUGAACAUGGAAAGCGACUUGAAGAAAGAACUGAAUAGAAGAAUGAAAGCAGCAUGGGCAGCAUUCGCAGCCGUCAGGGAACCAACUAACUGA